GGCGGGCGUAGGUCUAUGUCGCGGGCGGCGGCGGCGGCGGCGGCCGCGGAGGGACGAUGCGCGAGUACAAAGUGGUGGUGCUCGGCUCGGGCGGGGUCGGCAAAUCCGCCCUGACCGUGCAGUUCGUGACCGGCACCUUCAUCGAGAAAUAUGACCCCACCAUCGAGGACUUCUACCGCAAGGAGAUCGAGGUGGACUCGUCGCCGUCGGUGCUGGAGAUCCUGGACACGGCGGGCACCGAGCAGUUCGCGUCCAUGCGGGACCUGUACAUCAAGAACGGCCAGGGCUUCAUCCUCGUCUACAGCCUCGUCAACCAGCAGAGCUUCCAGGACAUCAAGCCCAUGCGGGACCAGAUCAUCCGAGUGAAGCGGUAUGAGAAAGUGCCAGUCAUACUGGUUGGAAACAAAGUGGACCUGGAAAGUGAGAGAGAAGUAUCAUCCAAUGAAGGCAGAGCCCUUGCUGAAGAGUGGGGCUGCCCCUUUAUGGAGACUUCUGCCAAGAGUAAAACGAUGGUGGACGAACUCUUUGCAGAAAUUGUGAGGCAAAUGAACUACGCUGCGCAGCCUGACAAAGAUGACCCAUGCUGUUCUGCAUGUAACAUACAAUAGCAUUCAAAUAUGGCUCUCCUGGACAGGAUCUGCCCAAGACCGUAGGCAAUACAAACCUCAUCUGCCCGACUGCAGAGUUUGCAGGCUGUGUGGUGUGACUUUACAGUGAAAUAGCAGCCCUUAUUCAGAAUUGAGCGGUGAUUGUCAGUUGAUCUCUCUGAGUAACAUUUGGGUUCAGUAACUACGGUUUUCACCAUUGUCCUCAGUCUCCUAUAUGCACCUGCAACUUUAAGGCAUAGCCAGUCGAUCUACAGGGUGAUCUCCUUUGAAAGCUAUGAUGGCAUUGUCGCUGAGUUGACAGAAGCAACUGUUGUAUAAAUUAAAAAUAAUCUUGAGAGAGAAACCAGAAGAAUUCCUAUGACCGCUUACAAUUAAAAUAUUUUGUCUUCUUUAAAAAAAAAAUAAUAAGGAGAAAUAUUUUCCUACGAGAGUACUGAAUUUCAGGAAUUGAGAUAGUGCUUCUAAUCAAUGUAUUCCGUCAAGUAAGAUUAAUAACAGCUGACCUGCCAACGGCAUUACAGGGAGAGAUUCUUUGCUCAGCUGACAUAUUUCUGUUUUUCAAAAUCAAUGCUUAAUUGUAGAUGUUAUCCUAAUUGUGACAUGGAACUAACUCAUGCAUCAAUCUUUGAUAGAGCAAAAAUCAGAACAGGUUGUGUAAAAAUACGAUCUAGCUUUAGAAUAUGUUAAAUCACCUGCUUUGCCACAGAAAAUGGAGGCUCUCACAAGGGUUUGAUCCGAAUUAAAACCCCAAACCCACCCUCUGUUAACCAAGCAGGGAUGGUCUUGAUUACUUUAUUGAACAAGAGGAAGCAACUGUGAUGGGAAGAGAUUGCCUAGCCUUACUAACAAGCAGCGUUCUAGUAGAUUAGCUAGUACCAUCAUGUCAGGAAAAUGAAGCCAUGUUGCAUCCACGUGUUCCCAUUUGCAGAAACCUCACAGGACAGUACAAAUAUCUUGCAUUUUUAGUUUGUUAAAGCAGCAAAUUCCUUCCUGCCUUUAAGGGCUAUGGUUGUGGUGUGUUUCUUGGCUAACCUGCUUUCGAAAUCAAGUUUGCUGUAGCACAGCUUUAUUGCAGGCAUUUAAAAAAUUGAAUUACCAUGUGAAAUAAUUUGGGCUUAAAAGUAGAACAUAAAUUAUAGAGUGGAAGGUAAGGGGCAAAAAAAAAACCCUUUAUCUUUAAUUUUCCUGAAGAAUUAUAUACAGAUUUACUUAUAACAAUUUUGCCCUGAUUACUGCAGUGGCAAAUAAAGCUAGAGUGAAUAUUCUGUUUUGAAAAGGUGCUCAAAGCUCUGACAUUUUUGGUUUUCAUAGCCAUGGAGUAUUUAUCAUUUGCAUGACUAAUGGCACAGAAAAAAAACCUAUUCAUAAGUUUUACAAUCAAGUGUAGAAGGAUUUUCAACUAACUUCAGAGUUAUAAAUGCUGAAGAGAGUAUCUUGAGCUGAUCCUCUGGAGAUAAAUUUGGCCUUCAGAACUGCAAUAUCACUGAGCCUGUGAUCUACAUAGCGCCCCACAUUUUGUUGGUUUCGCACUCUUGUGCAAGUACCCUCUGGUCUUACGUGUGUAACUGAGAGAAGAGUGUAUGUUUGUGUAUGCAUGUGUGUUUAUUGUUCCUAAGAAUUGGGCACAAGUUGGAGAUAAUUGCCUAUACUGAGAAUCUGCCUGUACUGCAGAAUAUAGUGUAUCAAAAACAUUUUUUUCUUUUAAACUAUUUAAGUAUUUUUUUAAUACAUUAUUGAAAUCAUUGGUAGCCUCCCCAAGUGUUUGGUAAACUGUCGUUAAGCUUAGAGGAUAGAAAAAAGGUGAAUAGUACUUUUCAUAGAUGAGAAAAACAGAGAUAUGUGGGUAAAACCAGGCUGUGGUUGUCUAAAGUCUUUGAAUUGUGAAUAUUUGCAUUCUUCAGUAUAGUUUUUUUAUAACCCCCAGUUAUGAAGCACCGUGUUUAUAGGACAAAAAGUCCUAAUCAAUUUUAUUGAAACAAAUUUCAUUACGUAAAAGUAGAUUUGACUCAAACAUCUAGAGAAAUCAAAGAUUCAAGAAGUACGAUUUAUCCACUGAAAUAGAAAUAUUUUAGUAAAUUGUUGAGUUUUGAAGCCUCUAACUUCUAGAAUGAUUUUUUUAAGAAUUGCUAAAUUUAAUAGCAAUUUAUGACAACUAAGAUUACAUAUUAAAACAUCUGUAAAGAUUCUACAGUUUUACAUUACAGAUUGCUAUGCAGACAAGAAAAAUAAGUUACAUAAGAGGAAAGAUAUGGCAAAAUAUAAGGUGGAAAAGAUUAUCCAAAAAUUUGGGGUUUAGUUAGAAAUGUUUGUGGCAGACAGUAAGGUGGGCUUUUACUGUAAAGAUGUUAAUAAUAACUGAUUUGGCUGCUUGAUCUGUGUUUUCACACAGCCCUGCACAAAGCAUCAAAGAUAUCCAGAAACGUGGAAACCCUCAUGUGCUGUUACUGUUGGUAUUUCAUCUGGUAUGACUAUAACGCAGCUUGAGUGAAUGUGUUUGUUGAGAUGUUAAUAAAAAGCUUAAGAACAGAAAGAUUAAAUUUCUUGGCACAGGAAAUAACAGUGGCUACAGAGAAAAGUUGGUGACCUUGUGUCGCUAUUUAUGUUAUGCCCUGAUCAGACUAGCAACUAGAUAAGUGCGAGUUUUUCUAACAUGCCUUAAAAAUGUUAUGGUUUGAUCCAAAGACCCACUUUUUCUUUAGCUAUUUACAAUAAGAUUUUCUUUUGUUUUUGUUUUGUCUUGUUUUACUUUUAUACAAAGGCACAGCAUUUAAAAAAAUUUUUUUCUUUUAUGUUGCAACAUUUUUGGGUUCUUUCAAGCUGUGAUAGUGAUGGUAACUGAUGCCUUUCAUUUUGUUCAACUUACACAAAACAAGCCAGCAUCUGAUCAAAAGUAUUAACAUAAAAAUCUUUCUUAAACUAUCGCAAGGUGCUUUGAUGAUUUUUCUCCUUUGGUUUGUAGAAUUAGGACUGAACUUCUGACUCUAAUUGCUACAGUUGCCAUCACUUUUCUGUGGUAAAACUACUGAUAUUUGCUUUUCUAUAUAAGGAAAUGUUGCCUAAGGGUAUCUGCUAUUUGCUUUCAAGAGUUUUCCAGUGUGAAUGUUGUCUGUGUAUGUAUGAAUAUGAAAGUGCUUAUUUUGUUUGUUGCUGUUGGUUUUUUGUUUCGUCUGUUUUUUUGUUUUUGUUCUUCUCAGUGGUCUUGUGUUAGCCCUGGGUGAGCUAUAAUUGUCUCCUUAGCCAAUCAAAUGUUAAAGACUGUGGGGGUCUUUUUUUUUUUUUUAAUUAACAUGAUAUUGUGCAUCUAUUAUAUCUUAAUCAGGGUUUCAAGAAUGACUGCAGUGGGUUUUGGAAACAGACUUAUCAUUAUUGAUUUGGGGUUUCCCAGAGAUAUAGUUCACAGUUAAUUGUUGAGCUCUAAUACAACUGACCAUUUAAAAUUGAACAACAGUUUAUUGUUUUGUAACAAUGUCAGUUGUUAAACUUUGACAUUUCAAUUAAAACAUGAAUUGUAGUUAUAACUCAAGGCAAAUUCAACAGUUGUAUUUGGAGUUAAAUUAUUUUAACAAAUAAAUUUAUUUAAUGAAA